CCUAUUAACACUAAAAUUUAUAUACUCCAUAAUAAUUAUGAAAACUUUUAGAUUAUGAUUAACAUAGAGGGCCCUACAAACACUAUAACAAGGAUCUUGAUAGUACAACCACAUCCAGGAUAAUUUUUCUGUCCCCAGCCACUAAUUAUUAAUUACUCCUAUUAGACACAGAGCACUGCAAACGUUUCCCACACGUACCUACAACGCCUGUUCGCUGUUUCGGUAUAUAUAUAUAUACGUCCCAUGCCUUCUCUCUUUUCACUAAACAUAUUAUAUCAACAAACGCUCACUACCACUCUCUCUCUCUCUCUGCUCAAUUCGAUUUUUUCUUAAUCUUUUUUUUGAAACAAAGCUACAUAUUUUGUACUAUAUUAUAUAGUGAUGAUGGCAAAUUCUGAUGAGGGCUUAACAUUAGAUUUCAUACGGCAACACCUCUUUGAGGACUUCAGCUUUGCAGACUCCUUCUUCGACACCCUCGACGUUUACUUCUCCGACGUCGUCGCCGCCGCCUCCCCUUCGUCCAUGUCGGACUCUUCAUCCGACCCGAACCGACCCGAUUCGGAUUUCCGGCACGAUUUCUUCGAUGUGGAAACGAAGCCCCACAUUUGUCCGCCGAAGCGCACCAAACCCGAUUCAGUGGGGGUCGGGUCGGAUCCUGUGAUGGCGUGGCGGCGUUACAGGGGGGUGAGGAGGCGGCCGUGGGGCAAGUACGCGGCGGAGAUUCGGGACCCGGCCCGGAAAUCGAACCGGGUGUGGCUGGGGACGUACGACACGGCCGUGGACGCGGCCCGGGCUUAUGACUGCGCCGCCUUCAAGAUCAGGGGCAGUAAGGCAAUCUUAAACUUCCCCAUGGAUGCCGGGAAAUCAGAGCCGCCGGCCUCCGCCGGCCGGAGGAGGAGGAGAGAGAAGCGAGCGGACGGCGGUGCGAACCCGGCUUCUUGAUUUGAUAUUUGAAGCCACACGACAAAGUCAAGCCAUUCUGUUUAAUGAAGAGAGCAUUACGAACAAGCAAGAUCCUGCUGUCUAAUCAUGUGAUUAUGAUCGGUGUAGAAAUGCAGGAUCAUUAUUUUCAAACAAAGAGAAUACGAGUGCUACUUUUUAUUAGAAAA